AUGGUCCGCCUCCUGCACCCCUUCACGUCGCUGCUGCCCCUCGCCAGCGCCCUCGCCCUCGCCCUCGCCCUCGGCCCGACGACGGCGUGGGCCUACAACAACGGCCUGGCGCGCACGCCGCAGCGCGGCUGGAACACGUGGAACUCGUACGGGUGUUCGAUUUCCGAAGACGUCAUCCUCGAUGCGGCCCAGGCCAUCGUCGACGAAGGGCUCGACCGGCUCGGGUACGAGUACGUGAUCAUCGACGACUGCUGGCAGGGCGCGCGGCGCGACAACGACACGGGCAUCAUCCCGGCCGACGCGGUGCGCUUCCCCAACGGGCUGCGGCACGUCGUCGAGCGCAUCCACGCCCUCGGCCUCAAGGCGGGCAUCUACUCGUCGGCCGGCACCAUGACGUGCGGCCGCCGCAUCGGCAGCCUCGACCACGAAACCACCGACGCCAACGCCUGGGCCGCUGACGGCUUCGACUACCUCAAGUACGACAACUGCUUCAACCAGGGCCGCAGCGGUACCCCGGACCUCUCCCACGCCCGCUACGACGCCAUGAGCAAGGCCCUCAACCAGACCGGCCGCCCCAUCCUCUACUCGAUGUGCAACUGGGGCGAGGACGCGCCGUGGCUCUUUGCCACCGAGAUUGCAAACUCGUGGCGCAUGUCCGGCGACAUCUACCCGUCCUUUGACCGCGACGACGACCGCUGCCCCUGCACCGACAUCACCCAGUGCAAGCUGCACGGCUACCACUGCUCGAUUGCAAAGAUCCUCGAGUUUGCCGCGCCCCUCGGUCAAAAGGCCUACCCGGGCGCCUGGAACGACCUCGACAUGCUCGAGGUGGGCAACACGGGCCUCUCGCUCGACGAGUCCCUCGUCCAUUUCAGCAUGUGGGCCAUGCUCAAGUCGCCCCUCAUCCUCGGCAACGACGUCACCGCCAUGACCAACCAGACGCGCGCCAUCAUCGCAAACACGCACGUCCUCGCCCUCAGCGACGACCCGACCGGAUCGCCCGCCAUCCGCUUGUGGAAGAAGCCCGUCUCUUCGUCGUCGUCGUCGUCGUCGUCGAGCGGCGGCAACGUUCAGCUGUGGAAGAUGCCCCUCGACAACGGCACCUACGCCGUGGCCGCCGUCAACCUCUCGCCCGAGGCGCACACGCUCUCGAUCGACUUCGACGACGUCUUCUACGACGAGCACCUCGAAAACGACGACGCGGCGCAGCGCUCCUGGGACGCCUUCGACCUGUGGUCGGGCGUCGAUUUCCACACCUUCGACCCGACGCCCGCGCCCUACGACCGGAUCCGCCUCGACGCCUCGCCGUUUUCGCGCUCCAUCCCCAACAUCACGGUGCCCCGCCACGGCAUCCGGCUCCUCAAGCUCGCCCAGGCCGGCACGCGGGGCAUGGGCAUGUCCAAGGACGAGAUGCAGAGGCGCGACCUGGAGCGCAAGGCCAACGUGCGCAUGGGCCGCGCAAGGGAGUGGAUGGCGGGCAGGCAGGAGAGGCGGCUCGACGCCAGGGGUCUCUAG